GCUUUGGCCCUCAAGCAGCCCCCCCCCAAACGCCCCCGUGUGCGGCUACUGGGACAAAAUCUAGGUACUAAGCAGUCCAACCUAUCAGAGUACUUUCUCAAGGGCCUGGAGAGCUCCUGAGGGGGGCAAAAUGAGUGGAAAGUUCCUUUUAUGGAAAUCCUCAACGACAAGACAAGCCAAGCCAACUGCUGCCGCUCUCUUCUAUUCUUUCUUUCCUUCCCAUCGCGAUGCGGUACAUGUGCAAAUUAUGAAGUACGUCCGAAUGAGCAAAAUCCCGUCUCCGUCUUGUCACAAAUCUUUUUUUUUUUUUUUUUUUGCCCCUUUUCAUUGUUCUUCUCCGAGAAGGCAACCAUGCGGGCCUAAUGGCAGCUCUAUUUUUUUUCUUCUCCUCUUCACGUGCGGGGUCGGGGUCGAGGUCGGGGUCGUGAUUUUACUCUCCCUCCCAAAUUUAUGGAAGUUUCCAUGGUCUACCUUGCUUCGAAUCGCUCCGCUUCUCGGACUAGAUCUGCGAGGCCUAGAGGAUCAAAGUUUCAUGUGCCGGGAUCCAUACAUGACUAGAACCUGCUACGCUACGUUAUGCUAUUUUCUGUGACAACGGCAAAUAUGAUUACACAAGUCAUCGAUAU